UGACUUAUUAUGACCUAAUUAGCUUCUUCAUGAUUUCUUUACUUUCCAUCAUUCUACAUUAUCAUAACGUCGAAGCGAUAAUCCGCUGCUGCGGUAGCAUCUUAUAAUAUUGACCUUAACAUCGCAAGGUCCCCCUUCAUCGAACUUCAAUGUCUGAAGAAGUUGUCGUUCUCCAUUCUGGAUUUAUCACUAAACGAGGUCAUUUGAGGAAGAAUUGGAAGCGACGUUAUUUCUCUCUCAACAGAAGUGGCUUGUUGGAGUAUUUUGAUGGCAGACGGUGUAAGGGACGCGUGCCGUUGUCGUUGAGUUGUGUGGUGAAGAAGAAGACGGAGUGUUCGCCGACUGUGUUGUGGCCUUCUGCUGCUACUGAUGACAACGCGUUUGCUAUUGAUUCAAAUUUAAAGUCAAUAUUUCUGGUGUUUGACAGCGUGGAAGAGUGUUGGCAUUGGCUGGAAGCUCUUAAACCAUUUGUCACAUUAGGAACUGCUUUUCAGGAGGCAUUGAAUAAAGCCAGACAAACUGAAAAUGGUGACAAUCAUUUUCUCAGCUCAGAAGGGAGCACUGAAGAGGAAGAAGUGGUCAAGUACUUGAGAAGUCUCAGUGUGAAAAUUCCUAGAACAACAGUGGAAGAGCUUGCUGGUACUCAUGCGGUUGAACGUGUUGUUAGCAACAUGAAUCAGUAUCCUCUGUACGACAAAGUGCAGGCUACAGGAUGCAAGUGUCUGUUCAGGCUAGCUAGCAAAUCACAACGACUGUUGAAACAUUGUGUGAAACAUAAUGCACUUCCGGUAGCCAAGGAUGCUAUGAGUGCUCACUAUGCAAACGAAGAAAUUCAGUUGUCAGGCAUUCAACUAAUACAAUGCUAUCUAGAGAAAGAUGAUCCUCAGAUUCAUAAUCAGGUAUUGGAUGAAGAUUACGUGCGGCGCAUUUGUCAGGCAUUGAAAGUGCUGGGACGACAGAAAGCUGUUGUGGAAGCGGCCCUUUCUUGUUUGUGGUUGAUGGCGACAACGUGUCCACAUGAAUGGUCUUGCCCAUCAUUUAUCAAUGCGGGCACUUUCCCCAUUCUCAUCGAUGUUAUUUCAAACGACUGUCCUGUCUAUGGAAUAGUCGAAUCAGCCUUUUGUAUAGUGACAGCCAUGAUGCAUUACGAUUCGAUGCCGGAAGUCUUUGUUCACUGCGGUGGUCUACACGCAUUGCUGUCAGUACUGCAAACGUAUGCUAAACAGUCUUCAACUGUGAUUCAAAGUCUACUGCUUGUUCUCCAUUUGGUUUCUAAUUCGGAGAAGGCGAGAGAUUCUUUACUUGAACAAGACAUUAUCAGGCAUCUCCUGCUAUUUUUAAAGUCAUCUGAACUUGCACUGCAAAGUCAAGUAAGCGAAGUGCAAUCAGCAGCAUUGGCAGUCUUGAGCACGAUAGCUGCACAAGACUUAUCGUUGUUGGCAGAGUUCAAUAACGAGAUUAUCUCGGCUUGCAUCGGAGUCAUUCAAACUAGUGGCGAUGACAACUUGGUGCUCGAAGCAAGUCUCCAGUUCUUACAAUUUGCUCUGCAGUCCGGUGCAGUUGAAGGGUCUCAAGUUGCAGAGGUGAUAAGCUUUCUGUUGGGCUUUCUGUUGUCUCACAACAGGAACGAAGCGAUCAUGUUGUAUACGAUCACUGGUCUCUCUCGACUGCUGAUGACCGAUCAGAACGAGAUGGACUCUACCUUGUUGAAACUUGUUGAACGCGAAGGAUGCAUUGAAUGUCUGUGCAGUGCGAUGAAGAGAUUUGCGCAGUCAGCUGGAAUUCAGAGCUUUGGAUGCUUAAUAUUGUGUGAAGCUGUCGGAUUCGCCCAUCAACGUAUCGUCAAGUGUGGAUCAUUUGACAUAUUAUCAAAUGCAUUGAAAUCACAUCCACGAUUGAAGUCUGUUGUCUGUGCAGCAAUGGUGUGCUUAGAGUGUCUUCUAACAACAACAAACAAUGACGAGUCGCUUGUGUUGUUCUCCAAUUCUGGUUGCUUCUCUGCGAUGGUGACGACGAUGCAAAGAUGGUCAAAAUCAGAGACUGUACAGACGUCUGGGUUACGGAUUCUUACUUACUUAGCAAAUAAUGAUUGUAGUAUACGACAGGCUAUUGCUGUGAAUGGCUAUCUUGCUUUGGUUACUGCCUCCAUGAGAUAUCAUUUGGGUGUUGUGAGGGUUCAGACAGAGGCGUGUUGCUGCUUAAAUGCGUUUGCGACUUAUGAUCUUGCAGUUUUUAUUCACCAAUCUGAAGCGUGUUAUUGCAUACUGGAUGCGAUGAAGAUCGAAGGCCACCAAAACAACGAGAGAUUGCAAUACAACUGUCUAUCCGUUCUCUCCAUUCUCCUCAGCUUUCUCGAAGACUGGACAAUAGUCUUGGAGUCUGAACUAUGUGUAGACACUAUUUUGUCAGUGUUUGCUCAUUUUAAAGAUAACGAGUCAUUCCAGCUUCCAGCAUUCGCAGCCCUGCUUGCCAUUGGGAAGACCAGUAAUAUUCUUCGAGAGAAAAUUGUAGCAAGUGAGGUGGGCGUUCAGCAACUUUGUGGAGCAUCAGCGAACGCCGAGUGUAAUGAAGCUCUUCAGCUGAGAGCAAUAGAGCUACUAUCGUGUUUGACUUCAGUGUAAUUAAUUAAUUAAUCAGGUAUUACGAUGAAGACGAGCCGAUGUCACGUGAUUUACUGAUCUCUAUGAUACGACCAAUUGGUAAAUUUCUCGAUGAACGUGAAUUGGCAAGACAUUGGAUGAUAAAGAAAUGUGUAUACUGUAAAUAUAUAUUUUUAGUAAGACUUGGUGGCUUUCUUAUCGAUUAAUUAAUUAAUUGGCUAGAAUUUGAAUACUUGUAUUUGUACAUUGGUGGGUCUGCUUGUAACCAAUAAAGAUGUAAGUG